CGCAUCUCGGUUUGCUGACGCGCUGACGCUCUGCGAGACACUCGGUCAAGUCGCGUUCAUCGAGGAGACACCUCAGGCAGAGUCCGGACUCCCGCGCUUUGUUUUGGACGAAACGUCACGCGUGCGACCGACCAAUCGCCGGAGCCCGUGCUGAGUGAGCACAGUCUGUGGGAGGAAGAAAGAUGGCGGACGUGGUGGAGAUCCACAAGCUGAAGCUGGCUGAGCUUAAGCAGGCGUGCCUGGCCCGUGGUUUGGAGGUGAAAGGAAACAAGAGUGAUCUGAUCAACAGGCUCCAGGCAUAUCUGGAUGAGCACGCUGAAGAGGCUGCUGAGGAAGAUGUUUUAGGAGAUGAAACAGAGGAAGAAGAGCAAAAGCCAUCAGACGCUCCAGUCAAGGAAGAAGAAGAAGAAGAAGAAGAAGAAGAAACCCCUUCCAAACCAGAGGAAAAAGAUAUUGACAAGAAGCUGGUGAAAAUCGUAGCAGGCAUUCCUCAGGUUGAUCGACUUCAGAAGAGAGCAGAACGGUUCAAUGUUCCUGCCACUGUGGACAGCAAAAAGGUAGCUCGUGCUAUCCGGUUUGGCCUUCCAUCCACUGAGAACAAAGGCAAAUCCACUGAUGUCCUAACAACAGUGAAUAUUGAUAAACUUAAGGAGCGAGCGCAGAGAUUUGGCCUCAGCGUGUCCCCAGUCACUAAAAAGACUGAAAAUGACGAGAAACUGAAGAAGAGGAAGGAACGUUUUGGCAUUGUUACCAGCUCAGCCUCUGUUACAGAUGAUGUAGAGGCAAAGAAGAGAAAAAGAGCUGAACGCUUUGGCAUGGUUUAACUGGGGUGUCGACACCCGUGCUUGGACACCACAUUGUGUUUUAACUCCCAAAAUAUUGUGCGGAAAUAAUAAUUGAUUAUCAUUUUUUGUUUUUGUUUGUGCAGGUUUUUUUUUUGUUUGGUCUUUUUUAAGAAUAAAAAAGUGAGAAAAAGUAUUAAAUGAACUCUCUUGAUAA